GCUGUCAUCAUGUCUAUCGUGUUGGUAGAAGGACGAAAUCAGUGUCUGCAAAGCUUCUUGGUCUUUGCUUUAUUUUUCAUCCAUUCAGUUGCAGCCAAGCCAAGUGCAGAGUGGUGGAGCUACGGACCUAAAGGCUCGUAUUCAGUUGAAGAACUUGGUACACUUCCUCCUACAACUCGUUCAACACCUGUUAAACCAGCCGUAGCACCUUCUCCGCCACCUCCUGGGAUCCCUGUUGGAUCAAAACCAGGUGCUGGUCUACCUGUGGCACCUCAAACGGGAGCUGGGAAGCCUGUGGCACCACCAGGGACGACUAUCCGUAUCGCUGUAACCGUAAACCGGACUGGUCAGCCGGAAAUACAUCCCGAGGUACAUCCGGGACCUUUACCACCACCACCAGCAGCAACUGCAAGACCAGGGAACCAGGCCAGCACAGCAAACCCACUCAGCACCCCUGUAAGCACAACAAGCACAAAGGCGACACAAGGACUUCUUCCGUCAAGUACCCCUGAAAUGCCGGAAACAGCUAAACCAACGACAGUCGUCACACAAGUAACAACAAUGCCAAACACUUCUGUCACGCCACUGACAUCGCCAAGCACUUCCGUCACGCAAAGGACUAGGCCAACCACUCCUGUCACGCAAGAGGCUACACCAUCGCAAACUUCAUCGGCAAGCACUUCUCAUGGAAAGGAAGAAGUAAUCGCCGACUUUGUACCAAUCGGGUGUUAUCGGGAUACAUUCGGAACGCCCCGACCGCUUCCGAACCUAAUCGGAGACUUGCGUAACGGUGAAAUCGAACCACAGAAGCUCGAAAAAAACGAAACCAUCAAGUCAUGCGCGCAGAAGGCGCGGGGCCUGGGUAUGAGUGUAUUUGGGAUCCAGUCCUACGCAGAAUGCUGGAGUGGCGAGCAAGCGCAGUUGACCUAUGACCGGGACGGGCCUUCAAGUAAUUGUGAGGGAGGGGUGGGACGAUUUGGAGCAAACUUCGUCUACAAGUUUACCAAGAAGAAUCAGACCAUCGAGACGGGCAAGCGAUGUUUCCCUGGCAACGGAAAAUCCGAGCUAGAAUCCGGUGUGCAAAUGUACAUACGGGACUUGCGCAUCGGAGACCGCAUCAAGACCGUGGGCUCAAGUGGUGACGUAAUUUAUAGCGAUGUCAUAGCCUUCCUCCACAAGAACACUAACAUAGUAGUUGAGUUUGUUGCACUGCAUUUAACCGGUGAACACCGCAUUAUUAUUUCAGCUAAGCAUUUGAUUUUUGUCUCUAAAAAUGGCAAUUCUACUAGCGAGGCUAUAUUUGCCGACAGAGUUCACGUUGAUGACACCGUGUACGUAUUAGAGGGGGGUAAGCUAGUGGGUAAGAAAGUAGUCCGUGUUGCUAUGGUGACAGAGAGUGGCAUAUAUGCACCGCUGACCCGGGAAGGUACCCUAGUUGUCAAUGGAGUAUUUGCCUCUUGUUAUGCACACUGGGAGUCGCACCAAAUCGCUCACGGUGUCAUGCUACCGCUCAGGGCCUGGUACGACUUGUGGAACUUUUUUGGCCUUUCUUUUUCUGUUUUCGACAUGCAAAAUUCUGUCACCGGGAAUGAAAUUCACUGGUUCGCAUAUGCUCUAAUGAAGGCUAGAUUUGCAUUACCUAAUAAUUUGGCGUCAUUUCUUGGGGCGUAACGCACAGUGACGUUAAGGCACACAUUACGGGACUUGCGCUAAGAGAUCACGUGACCUUUCUAGGUGGCAAAUUCGCGCCAAAAUAAUCCAUAUCAGUCAAUCUUGUUUUAAAAACUGUCGUUUUUCUAGCUUGCUCGGUCAUUUCCUUAUUAGGCAUUACAUACCAUAUUUGGGAGUCCGCUUCAAUCAUUUUUUCGCUAUUUUUAUCGCUCUAGAGCUUUGUAAAACGCGAAUUUCCACGUAAACUUGCAGGAAUUCGUGUUUACUACGGUUUUACUUGCAGCCAUCUUGGAAAUGGAGCCUAGUCCCUAACGUUUUGGAAUAUCACAGAUCUCCCCCGCGCUCGCCCCUCUUUUAGACCAUUUAGAAAAACGACAGACAUUGAUUGAUAUGACAGAAAAGACUGAGCCCGUCACUCCAGAAAACGACGAAAAAAUACAAUCUUUAAAUGAAAAUUAACCCUUUCUGAGCAAAAUAAAUUAUGGCUUAUUCAUAAGCGCGAAAUAAGUUGCUUUUUGUUGCUUUUAUUUUGCCGCUAAAGCCUGAGCGCGCGCUAGCUUGCCACCCAAAAAGUCACGUGAUCUCUUAGCGCAAGUCUCAGGUAAUAAAGUCACAAAAAUCACAAUUGAAAUCUGUAUUGCAAAGAAAAAGGAUACGGUACUGAUCAGGGGCUCGUCUGCGUCCCGGUAAUAAUGUAUUAUACAAUGAAGUGAAACUUUUUUUUCUUACGCGGAGAGGAUGUAAUAUAUCGCAUGUAAAAACACGUCGCGCAUUUACACGCCUCGUAGUUAAAUGUAGUUUAGCCUGCCGGGGUAGCCUGGGUACCAGGGGCUGGAGCUUCACUCGUUUACUGACACGUGACACGCCGGUCUUGGCUCUAGUACCCAGGGUAGCUCUUAUUCGGGGUUAUUCGCAGGCGUGUACACAGGGGGGGGGGUGCGCAUGGUGCGCGCGCACCCCCCUUGGCGUACGAAAGUAGGUCAUCGCAGUACAAGGCACAUCUCAGCCAAGUGUUUCAUGGUCUAUUAUCACUAUUUUGUUCCUACUGCCCUUGCCUCAGCGGCCAGGAACGCCUAGCACAUAUUUUAUCAAUACAAAAAUCAUGUUGAUUCGAUAAUAUUCUAGUCCUAGACUUCAUUCUAGAAAGAUGAAUAUCGUUUUUGGAAAUGGCCGUUUUCUAGCGGCCUUGAUCGUUUUGGUCUUACUUGCGCUGGUAGUAGCGGUGAUGCAAAAUAGAUCUGGCAUUAAGAAGAAGUUAAAAGAGCAUACAUGGAAAGAGAGUAAUAUCAAGAUUUUAAGCUUCGGGGACUCGCUUACUGCAGGAGCUAUAACGCGAGGAGAUGAUCAAAACAUGCACCCUUACUCAAAACAGUUACAGGAAUUACUAUCACAGCAUUUUAAGAAGGAAUUUAAGGUGCAAUCUGACGGUUUACCCGGAGAUAGAGUUCAAGCUGGCAUGGCUUCAAGAUUAAGGAAACAACUGGUGCGAGACAAGUUCGACUGGAUCAUCAUACUAGCCGGGACAAACGAUUUGAGUUAUCAAUACAUGAAGCGAAAAGAGUUCCCUCGUGUUACGAUAAAUGGUAUGCUUAAAUCGUUGAUAAAUUUGCAUGAAAUGUCACAAACCAAUGGUACAAGAACGGUGGUUGUAACAGUGCCAGCCCGCGAAUGCGAAGAAAAAGAACCAAUAUGUAUUCGACACAAAUUAGAGAGGAAAAAGUUCAACAAACAUCUGCGAAUUUACGCAGAGAAAAAUAAGCCAAAAACCAUCGUCGCAGACGUGGCUAAGGAGAUGCCAUUUAAAAAGUUCAAGUCGCUAUGGAGUAAAGAUGGAUUACAUUUUACUGAGAAGGGUUAUGAUAAACUUGCUACCAUAAUAUUUAGUGCACUAAAGAGUGAAAUGGAGAAAACGAUGACGCCAUGAUUCUACCCGGUGGGUGGUGUACAACCGCUGAAUAUAAUAACUCUCGCUUAAUGUAAAAAAAAUCGCAUCUAAAUGUAAUACCAACACUUAAUGCAAUAACAAAUCAACGCUUAGUAUAAUAACACGCUAACUAGUGCCGUAGCAAGCCUCGAAAUAUUGGGAGGGGGGGCACGAUACAGUAACAUUAGGAAAAUAUUAGGGGGCACAGCCACGCCCCUACUGGUCAUUUCUUUAUAAUGUUUGAAAAUAUUGGGGGGGGGAGGGGGUGCACAUGCCCCACCACCUGCUAACGCUUAAAGUAAUAACUCCUAAACUCGAGAGACGAUCAAAGUGAUUGCAAGUCGUUAACAGGGCACAAGUAACGCGGAAUACCUCAACUGCUCAAACGUUAGAAAUACCGCUUUAUUCUGAAUAAAUACACAUCACAAAAGCAA